AUCUUAGCAGACUACCUGGCUGGCCCAGUGCUGGACACCCUUCAAGAGCUUCUACAGAUGCGCCUGCUGGAUCAGCCAGACAACGCCUAUGCCUACGUCACUCAGCAGAGCCAUCUUUUAAGAUUGAGGACAGGUGGAGGAUCAGAGAAUGGAAGAACAGAGCAGCAAGAGUGGAAGAUCAGACGAAUGAAUCAGGGGAAGACUCAACGAGGAGAGGAAGAAGAAGCGGCUGUAUGAUCGCUGCAAACCUGCUGGUAGUGUUUGCUGGCUUCGCGACACCUGUUUCGUCUUUGCGAUGAAUCAGCCACUGUUUUGAUUUCGUCUGGAGAAAGAUCAUAGAGAACCAAUCGAUGUUUUAGCUCGAUAAGCCCUCUAGAUAUUCGCAAACUAUCUCCAGAAUGAGAUACGAAUGUAGAUAACCGAUUCGUGAAGAGAUAGACAGCCAUUUUUUCCACACCCUCAAAUUAACCUGGGCGUCUCUGGGUGCUUAGCGGGAUUCCCCCGAAGAAAAAUGCCACUCGCGGUCGCUAGGCUUAGUUAUAACCAAUGCCCCCGCGUGAAGACUAUACAAAAGGUUGCUUAGGAAAUUGCUCGAACCCGCUUUGAAAUGGCAGGUCUCAUUUCGGCUCUACGUCCGAAGCUGCCUCUCUCUAGUUCAAACGCCGGAAGAGGCCCCUCAAGCAGCCAGGCUCUGUUUCAAAUCGAGAUGCCCUGUUUGGCUCUAGAUCGCCGCGUCUAGAGCGAAAAAGUGGGCGUUGCCGCUGAAGAGUAUUUAUAAAAAAAAAUAACACGCAUCUUUUUCAAAGCACUUCUCACCUUUCACUCGUAAUAUAGAUAAAACAAAAACAAAAAUAAAAAAAAAGAUAUUUAAAAGGUUUAUAUAUUUUCCAACGUUUGUAACGUAACAGAUAAUACUUUAGCCAUACUUUAAGAAAAUAGAAACGUUCGCUCUCUCAGCAUGACGGAAAAGGGAGUGACGAUCGAGAGGUCGCCCUCGGGGCUGGGCAUGGGCAUGUUCAGCCCCCACCUGGGCGGCGGCGGCGGAAGUAACUGGGACCAACAGCAGAAUGCGAUCAUCACGAAGAUCACGCCCACGAACGCCCCGGCCGCCCGCAUCAACACCGACAAUCAGGAGAAGGAGAGGAGGAGGAAAAAGAGCGGGGACAAGAAUAACGUGGGGCGUAGCUGCGUCUGCGGAGGCUGGAUCCGGGCUGGGCAGCUGGAACACGACCUGGCCGAGUUGAAGACUACCCACAAUAACCUCCUGGCCGGGCUGCAUGUACAAAUCGAAUCUCUCAAGCAGAAAAACAGAGAUCUCACCUUCCAACUGCUAAUGGGUCCCUACGCAGGAGGCGUGAAGACCGACGUUCCUCUUAGUCCCGAGAGCGAUGAAGCCACCUCACCGAAGAACGAUGUGCCAAGCAAAGUCGUGGACAGCAACAAGGCCAAAAAGGAAGCCACCUCGUCUACCUCGUUGUCCUCCGAUUCGCUGGUGACUUCCAGCAACAACAGCAGCAACAACGCUGUGGCCAAAGAGAAGGAGGAACCGAAGCUCGAGAAAGUGAACGAAGAAACGCUGACCAACGGAGAUGUCACCGUUGUCAGGCGCAAGCUCCGUGGCAGAUCCGGGCGCGGUGACCCCCGCCUGGUUCGUUCCCUGGAUCUGGAACUACUGGAAGAGGAAGCCCAUCACACACGGAUACUUUUGGAAGAGGAGAGGGCUAAAAAUAAGUACUUGACCACUCUCGUGGAAGACCUCAAAAGCCUCUUCAGGGAACCGUCUCAGCCGCCAUCACCUGUCCGGGAAAAGAAACAGAUCAAUAGGCUGACGGGGGCCGCCUCCCCCCCGAGGGGUCACCAGCUUGUCGUCGUUGACGACGACGGUGCUGCUCGGCCCCAGACUGACAGACAACCACCUCGCUUCCCCCCCCUAAGGCAGCAGUACCACCCGGAACAGAGCUAUAAGCAUCCCCGCCCACCAACACACAGCCCGUCUCGACGUGUGAUGAAUGGUGACAGGUCGAGUGAACGCGACGGAGGGACAACUUUCCCUUCCAUAACAGCACCGCGGUACCAGCAUCACCAGCCUGAACAGCAGCAGCAGCAGCAUCAGCAGCAGCAGUCACAGCAUCAGCAACAGCAGCAGCAGCAGCCACAGCAUCGAGGUAGAGGAAGGCAGUACGGUCGAGGGAGGACCCGACAGAGGCAGCACCAGCAGCAGCAACAGCAGCAGCAACAGCAACAGCAACAACAACACGAGAGGCAGGACACGAAGGGCGCCGUUAACGGCGAGCUUCCCGUUCACCACCAGACGCAGUCGAGAGGCGGCGAAGGGCAUCGCCCCGCCUCUUUAACCAGAGGCUCGGGAGGAGGUCGCAACCAGUACACCCUGCAGAGGGAUGACUCCAGAGGGAGAUCGGAGGUGACGACGGCACAAUCAGGAGGACCGUCUGGAGGCAGAGACUCCUCCCAGGGCAAUCGCGGAGGGCGACACGGGAGAGACGGCUCGGCAGGCGACGGCGGCGGCACCAGCAGCGCCAACAACCCUACUACUUCCCACUCUUCUUCUUCUUCAUCGGCUCUGGCGGACCAGAAGCGAGGUCUCCAGAACGCCGCGCAAGACCAGGAAGGCCGUCCUGAGAAUCGCCAGAAGCGCAACGGACGCGGCCACAGGAGGGCGGGCCGCGGACGCCCUCGCAAAGAUAAACACAACGUUACCGCUGAGGUGUCUGAAGGCGGGGAACACCAUCCCCAGCACCAGCAGUAGAAGAAGAAGAGAAGAGGAAGGAGGAGAAGAACUUGGAAGAGCCGGAAGGAAGCCUGCUGUUGCUGCUGCUGCUGCGGAGACUGGAAGUCAGGGGGUG